GACCGGAAGUGCCUGAGCGCGGCGGCGGAAUGGUCAGUUGAGCCUCUCGGUUGCGUCUGGGAAGAGUCGGCGUGAGGCCGCGGCGUGCGGGCUCCAGGGACGGCGGAGGCGGCCGCGGCCGUCUGGGGCUCGGGACCUAAGACCCGAGCGUCGACACCACCCGCGCGGUGGGCGCCUCGGGCUCCGCUGAGUGCCUGGGGCCGCCGCCAAGCACAGACCAUGUUCAUGGUGCGCCUGACCUCCCAGCUGCUCAGGGCUGUUCCCCGGGCAGGUUGCAGUGGGCCUUGGCCUGUCUGCGGGGUGUUGGGCAGGCAUAACUGCAGGCCUCGCUACAGCAUGCAACCAAUAGGCCCAAGUGGGGUUGCCUCCCUUCCUGACAGGCGGGUCCACAUGGAGCUUGAGGAGAUGCUGGUCCCCAGGAAGAUGUCUAUCAGCCCCUUGGAGAGCUGGCUGACCGUUCGCUACCUCCUGCCCAGACUGGACGCUGGGGCCCCAGGGACUGUGUCUCCAGCCCAAGUCUAUGAGUGUCCACCCAGCCAGGGGGGGGAAGGGGUCGCGCAGGGGGGUAAGGAGGUCUGGGACGCGUCCCAGAUACAGUGCAAGAACGUGCUCAAGAUCCGCCGGCGGAAGAUGAAUCAUCACAAGUACCGCAAGCUGGUCAAGAGGACCCGGUUCCUGCGGCGGAAGGUCAGGGAGGGACGCCUGAAACGGAAGCAGACCUGUUGGUGGUCCCUCCCUCUGCCCUCGCAGAUGAGGUUCGAGAGAGACCUGAGGCGCAUCUGGCGGAAGGCGGGCCUGAAGGAAGCCCCUGCAGGCUGGCAGACCCCCAAGAUCUACCUGAAGGGCAAAUGAGUCUCGUGUGUCUCUCCCCCAGCCCUGUUACUGUUGAUGACCCGUUGAAUAAAAAUUCGGAGAACUUAGCCAUCUUUGCUGGCC